AUGUCGGAAUACUGGAAGUCGACGCCGAAAUACUGGUGCAAGUUCUGCUCGACCUACGUGCGUGACACGACUCUCGAGAAGAAGUCACACGAGGCCACUCCGAAGCACCAGAACAACAUCCAGCGCUCCUUGCGCGACCUUCACAAGAAGUCUGAGCGCGAAGACCGGGAGAAGCAGCGCGCCAAAGAUGAGGUCGCCCGACUGAACGGCCUGGUCUCUGGCAAACAACAACCCUCCGUCUCUGUCGCCUCUGGCUCGCAACUCCCCACUCCAAAACUCAAGUCUACUGCGCCUUCCGCUCCUGCUUCUGUCGCCGAGCGCAAACGACAGAUGGAACAGCUCGCUGCCAUGGGUGUCGCCAUCCCUGAAGAAUAUCGGCGUGACAUGUCCAUCCAAGGAGAAUGGGCCACUGUCUCUGAGAGACCUAUCUACUCCCGACCUGUCAAGUCCGCUUCAGACGGUGAAGACGAAGAUACAAAGGCGUUUGGUGUGAGGAAGCGGAAACUGGAUGAUGAGGAAGAAGAUCUAAAACUAGCCCCCAAGGCCUGGGGCUCGCGUCUCAAGUCAUACCCCGGUGCAACUGGCAAUACCGAAGAAGAUCUGGAUGCUUUGCUCUCUGGCGCUACCACCAAGAAGGAAGUCAAGUCUGAAAAUUCGAAUCUGAAGAUAGAGGGUGAUGUUGACCCCGUUGAUGCCAUCGCUGCUGUACCAGAUAUUGCUGAAGCUGCUUCCGCUGAGUCCGAAACGAAAGUGGAGCCUAAACAUGAGCAAGACGCUCCCAUCGUCUUCAAGAAGCGCAAAUCCAAGCGCUGA